AUGAGGUUUAUCUUUAUUGGCUUAAUUGCCCUCUGCAUGCUGAUGAAUGCAUUAACAGAUGCCCGGCCAGUACAGGAUGAAGAUGACCCAUAUGAGGAACCUGCAGCCCUGCCAUAUUGGCCUUUCUGGUCCAGUGAUUUUUGGUCAUACGUGGAGUAUUUCCGGAGCCUGGGAGCAUACAACAGAAUCAAUGAAAUGGCCAGAACCCUGUUUGCUCAAUACCCUUUUGGAAAUAACCUUGGUUAUGAUGUUCCCUACCAUGAGCACUAAUGAUUUUGCUCAUUUUGCUAAAGCUAGUGCUGAGACCUUUAAAGGAAUUACUGCUGCCAGUAAACAUGCCUGAACUGCCCAUUCAGUCUAUGUUGUUUCAAUGUUUUUAAACAUAUUGUAUAGCAUUUCCAUGUUUGUAAAAUGGCAGA